GGCCGGCGGAAAAGAGAGGGACGGGAGGCUGUGCGGGCCGCCGGCGCUCCUCUUUUCUUUUUGCUCGCGGCUCUCCCCAUUGAACGCAGUGGUCGCACAUCGCAGUUCGUGUGUGACAGUCGCCGUAGCGGUUUACCGCUCGUGACGGUGAUUUGUUGGCACCCAGUGUGCGUGCGCGAUUUUGUGAGCGUCCUGUUCUGCCGACGCCGGCGUCGCGUGCUUUCUGGUGGCGAUCAGCAGUAGCGGCAGACUCCUGCUGCUGCCGGCACCCGGAACGAGAGGGCGAGAGAAUGGAGGAGGGACGGCGCGGAUGCAGAAGCCCUGCUCGGAUGCUGCGCCGCUCCUCUCGACUGCUCCCUUCUCGGCUCGCUUAUUGAUCGUCGGCACCGUGCGACGCAUUUUCGGGCCCUGCGCUUCGACCUCGCGUGCGGUGUGACGUCGCUGCCGCCUGUGCGGAAAGGGCGACCCGUGGAUAACACUCUUCGGACGAACCGAGGACCCGUGGAGAGCCGUGAUCACAUCAUUUGAAUCACCUUCACCAGUGCCACAGGCUUGAGCUGUGGCAAGGUACAGAAGUCAGCAGUACCGACAACAAGAGGCCUCCAUCACCAGGAAUCCAGGUGUACAGUAACUAUGUGUCCGUCAGCCCAAGUGAAGACAUGUCCACACAUCACACGAGCAUGUUCAGGCAUGACAACAGGAGCACGAAUGAUUUUCCUACCAUGGCGUUCUCUACAACAAUAAACAUGGCAGACCCUUCACAUUUUCUUCAUGGACACUCGCUACCCCAAAGUCCAACAGGGGUUGGGGUGUCGCUGAGAAAUGGCAUGGGCCUGUCAUCAGAAGAGCACAUGGCUGGACCUUUCUGCCAGGAAGAUUGGGCAGAUGAUCAACUUCUGUGGAGGAGCUUGCCGACCAGUGUGGGUGUGAGUGGCGUCACUGAUGGCUCUCAUGGAUUUCCUGAUGACGAUUACAUGGCAGGGCCGACGUUUGGUGUCGGUAUGAGCGCGAGCUACUAUGGUGGUCGGCGACCACACUCCCGUCACCUAAGCUCAAAGGUGGAGAUGGUGUACUCUCUGCUGUCCAUGUUGGGGACACAUGACAAGGAAGACCUGAGUCGGACAUUGCUCACCAUGUCUGGUUCCCAGGAGAGCUGUCUAGCUAUGAGACAGUCGGGCUGCCUGCCCCUGCUCAUACAACUCUUGCACGGGAGCAACCAGCAGCAAGAAGGGGAAUCUCAGGAGAGCCAGGCCGAACAGCGCCGAGUUGUGCGAGAGCUUCGGCUGCGGGCCAGCCAGGCACUGCAUAACGUUGUGCACGCCCACCCCGACGACCGUCAGAGCCGCCGUGAGGCUCGGGUCCUGCGUCUUCUGGAGCAGAUUCGAGACUUCUGUGACUACUUGCACGACCUUGAGGCAUGCAUUGCAGAGCCCAACCAGAAUGAACCUGGUGACCAACAUCCAGGAUCAGCUAUUGCAGCGCUCAUGAAGCUGUCCUUUGAUGAAGAACACAGGCACGCCAUGUGCCAACUUGGUGGUCUGCAGGCAAUAGCAGAGCUGAUCCAGGUGGACCAGACCAGCCACGGCAACACAGCUGAGCCAAGCUGUGUGACAUUGCGACGAUAUGCCGGCAUGGCGUUGACGAACCUGACCUUUGGUGAUGGUACGAACAAGGCACUGCUCUGCUCCAUGAAAGGCUUCAUGCGUGCCCUAGUCUCACAGCUGCACUCGCCCAGCGAGGACCUGCGACAGGUGACUGCCAGUGUGUUACGCAACCUGUCGUGGCGAGCUGACUCGGGAAGCCGCGAGACCUUGAGGGAGGUUGGCGCAGUGCCCCUUCUCAUGGAGGCUUCAAUGGAGGCCCGCAAGGAGGCCACACUCAAGAGCAUCCUCUCGGCACUAUGGAACCUCUCUGCCCAUUGCACUGCCAACAAAGUGGACAUCUGCAAUGUGGAAGGGGCCCUGGCCUUUCUUGUUGGCACACUCACCUACCGCAGCCCCUCCAAGACGCUGGCUGUCGUCGAGAAUGGGGGUGGCAUCCUUCGCAAUGUGUCCAGCUACGUUGCACUGCAGGAACAGCACCGACAAACCCUGCGUGCGCACAGCUGCCUGCAGAUUCUCCUUAAGCAGCUCAAAUCUCCCAGCCUCACUGUCGUCAGCAAUGCGUGCGGCACACUAUGGAACUUGUCCGCGCACUGCGCCCAAGACCAGCGCACCCUGUGGGAGAUGGGUGCCGUGUCGAUGCUGAGGAACCUCAUCAAUUCCAAGCACAAGAUGAUUGCCAUGGGCAGCUCGGCAGCUCUCAAGAACCUCCUGACAGCCGCCACGGAGCUGAAGCUGGCCGACUGCGAUGGUUGUAACAACAACAAGGACGACAACGACAACGAGAGCCUGCCGUCGUUGGUGGUUCGGAAGCGCAAGGCUCUGGAGACCGAGCUUGAUGCUAGCUUGUCGGAAACGUGCGACAACAUCGACAGUCCCCGCGCAAGCCCCACGGGGGACCCACGUUUUGGCUUUGACUUUCACCAGCCGGACAUUUUGGAACGGUUCCACACUUACCUUCCUGGGAGAAUGUAUCACAGCAUCGGUGGCGAGAGGGACGUUCCACGGUCGGACAGCCGGGACAGCAUCGGAAGCACACAGUCGGAGCCAACACACUUGAGGCCUCCACAGUCGGUAUUCUCCAGGGGGCGGCGCAGGGGCAGGCAGCUUUUGGAGCGAUACGGCCGGGGUGGUGAUUUUGGCAACUUGAAUCUGGCGCUCGUGAAUCCAUACUUCCCUCAUCAUAGCUUGGAGGAAGAAGAUGCAGAAGCCUUGAAUGGAAAUGACUUAGAAGAACCCUCAAAUCAGACUUUGGGUGAUAGAAAUGGCUUAGGAAAGGGUCCCCUGUGGCGAGACCCCAGCGAGUGUGUGAGGAGAAGGUUGGAUGACAGCCUUGAAGAGGAUGAUGAGGAGGAUGUUGAAGAUGGGGAUGAGGAUGACUUGGAAGUGGAUGCCUGCAGAAACAACUCCGACUCCUCUGGCCUGAGGCACCUGCAUGGCAUGAAGCCUCUGGAAAGGAGUCGCCGGGAAGUCCAAGAGAUCCAGAGGAUCUUCGAAAGGGCACAGAGUCCGCAAACCUCACUGAGAGGCCUGCAUGUCCAGUGUGCUAACGACACAGUUAUUUUGACUGACCUGGGCAGCUUAGAAGACAUAUCAGAUGUCAUUGUUUCGUCUGCUUCAAAGCAAGAACUUGAUGCUGAGGACAAAGAAGAGGAUGAGUGCCUGUCUGACGAUGAGGACCUUUUAUCUCCCCCUCCUCAAGAGGAUGAAGAUGUAAGUGAGGCAGCUGAAGUAGGCCACAGGGAUGCUCACAGUGAUGCUCAGACAAGUUUUACGCUCGGUGGCUCAACCAAGGGCAGUGGGAUUCCUAUCAAAGCCAACUUCACCAAACCGCUGCCCAGGAAGGAUGCAACACUCACAACAACUUGGGCUUCGCGGCCUUCAAGCAUCCCACAGAGGUCGCUGUCAUUGAGCCAUCCUAGUGCUAUGAAUGAAGGACCGGAACGACAUUCCAGGGGCGGAGUACAGUCUUCAGAGCUGAUGGACACCACGCCGGGCAGCCCAGACACACUGGAGCAGGUUCGUUUGGACGCGGACACCGUGGCUGUUUCGCAUGGACCAGCCACUAUUGAAGCAGGAGGACACUCAGGCACAAUGCCAUCUUUGCAGCCAUGCUGUCAACAACAGCAGCAAGCUGCUGCAUCCGUGGUCAACAGAAAGCCAGCUGGCCACUGCUGUAGCUUCGCCCACUCUACCCCGGCACCGUCCCUGCACGAAUACAUUUACGGCAAGAAGAAAGGCGGUCCCAAACCACCGGUGGCAGUGAAGCCACUGCAGUUGCAGCAACACAGCGUGCCGUGUCCGGAGCAGUCUGAAUGCUCUCAAGCUGAUGCACCACAGCCAUUUGUUCUAGGAAGUGGUUCCGGUUCGUUGAUUACCAAAAUACCACAGUCAGGGAGAUCAAGCCUUAUUGCUGCUCCGAAGGUCUUCCGGACAAACGCGAACCCUCCUGCGUUGCCACAGGCUUUCACGGGCACUGCUGGGAAUUCCCAGCAUGCAUCAGACAGUAUGUGCCACUCUGAACCAGGACCAUCGACUUCAAGAAGUUCAGCAGUGGAUGAACCUGCCAUGUCCUUCAGGGAAAAGAUUGAGAGGUUCAACCAGCCCCCAAAAGAUUCCUCUAGCAUACCCCAGAGGCAUUUCGGUUAUCAAAACAAGACGAGAAAGACUGAAUGCAACCUUGGCAUGGCGAGCUCUCUUACCCAAAACGACAGAAAUAUUUCUGAAGAGAAAGGCAAGAAAGAUGAGAGAGCCCAGGAAAAGCUUCGGCCUCAACCCGCUAAGCCAGUUGAUGGGGAUUCGGAGAUGCCAAGUGCUGCAGAAUCGAGGUGCACAGGCCUUCUGUCAUCAUCAAGUACAAGCUCAUCAACACUGAAGGCUCCUCUGCUGGCACAGCAUGUUCAGCCUGUCAUGAACGGAAUGGUUGCUAGGCUUUUUGACGAGGAAGUGCCGGCUAUAACGCUCAAUGCUGGAAAUGCAGCCCUUGAGGCUAGGUCAGUGAGGCCCGACGUCGAUGACGAAAUGAUGCAAAGUACAGCGAGCUUGAUGUCCGACCUGGAAGGUGCGAAGCCACCUUCUGUCAUGGGGGACCUCCUGUCCAUGAGCAUGACGAGCAGCGGCCUUUCUGAGGACGUCUCAUCGAACGGGAAGAGUGGGAAAGCGCCAAAGCGUGGCCGUGUGCCAGAGACCGUGCGGCGUGCCCUGGGAGCAUCGAUGGAGUCACCUUUCAGCGAUUGUGACCUCCUAGAUUACGUCGGACCACCUUGCGCCAUGGGUUCGAUCGAGAACCUUAGCAUUCGCAGCAGAAGCGGUCAGUCUGACGAUCUUAACAAUGUCAACCCACCUUCCACGAUGGAUGAUCUCUCAAUGAGUGGCAGCUGCAUGAGCCUGAACAGCAUACCCAGUGAUGAUGACGCAAACAGUCAGUCCAGUCCGCUCAUGCCUGAACCCAGUCCGAGAAGGACUUCUAAGAGGAGCAGUGACAUGUCAGAGCGACUAAACGCAGCAGCCAACAUGGCGCAGGUGUACUCCCGUGAGCUCAACUCACUUGUAAAUGGCAGCAUGAAGAGCAGCAGUGGCACUUCGGAAAUGCUUGAACACGUGCAGCCUCCCUCCGUCUACCAGGACAUGAAUGAAGUGACGUUCGAGGACAUGACAGAAAUGGGCUCAGAUGGCUUUGCAUCUGAUGUCGAGUUUGAUGGUGACCUGAUGCAUGAUGACGACAUCCCACUGACGUCCACUACCGAGACACUGCGGCCUCCUGCUGUCUCCUCAUUGCAGAAGGAAGAGCAGUUUGGAGACAGCACAGAAAACUUGGCCAGCACAUCAGCAGACAUAGAGCCCUUGGAAUCUGAUGAACACUUUUCGUCACCGGCUCAUCAUAGUUCUUCCCUUAGUCGCGGCAGCCCGUCGAGAAGAGUCGAAUGCCCAGCUAUUGACGUCGACCGACCUUCUUUGCUUGGAAUGCCAGUGAAGCAAGCUAGGGAGAGGUUUUACGACGUCUUUUGCCAGAGGAAAGGGGACGACACAGUUGACGACGAGACCUUCUCGCUCAUAUCUAAUGAUUCUGACCGAGAGAACAUAGACGAUGCCAUCCAGCCAGAGUCACAGGAGAAGGCAGAAUCCACGUCGAGGCCUCCCUCAUCCCGAGGGCCACGAAUAGUGAAGCCAAUAAACAGGGAGACAAUACGGCAACUGCAGGACAAAAAGGAGCAGGAGAGAGCCAGUUCAUCUCCACCAGUGGUGCGCAGGCGGGAAUCACUGCCUUCAAAGGUUGGUGCCAAACGUACUGGUUCGCCAAAGCAGUCUGUAUCCCCGAACCCUUCCCCUAUCAAGCACACUAAGGCUUCAGCUCUCAGAGCUUCGCAAAAUCAGAGGUCCUCUUCUGAAGGAUCACGGCAAACAAAAAGCACAUCUCCACAGCGGUUUGUGCGUACUGCUCCCAGCUCACCGGGUAAAACAUUGAGUGAAAGACAAGGACUUCGAGCGCCAAGAGUCCAGACCAGGACCGUCACCACUAGUGCAGCGGGUCCGCAGGUUCACAGGCCUACUGGACGACCGAAGAGCUUGGAACAAGAUGUCAGGACAACAACAUCCACAGACUCUUCAGAGACUUCUCUGGCUCCUCCACCUCUCGUUAGGCAGGGUACUUUCACCAAGGAGUCUCCCACAGACCCCACGGCAUCAGCUACAGCAGGCACAGAUCCAAAGCCAUGCAAAUCUACAGCGCAGGAUGUGGCUCCCACUGGUAGUGGCCGAUCAAGCACUCACAGCAGCCCUCAGCACUCUUCGCGAAGACCGGCAAAGAGCGCUUCGACUCCGAGUGUUCCAGCAAAUAGCAGCCGGUCAUCUUCGAGCGGUGGUGCGGUGCAAAAGAGGAGGACGAUUCCGCAGUCUCCAAGCUCACAUAGCCUUGGUGGUGAGGACAAAAAGGGGCCUUAUGUGCGAAGUCUCAGCAGCGGGGGCUUUCUGGCUACCGGUGCCCAGGUUCAGAAGUCUGGAAGCGCGGCCAGUUUGAAUUCACAGUCUAGCUCUGGCAGCGCUGCAAUGCCCCGUGGCAGAGCACCGGCUCCACCCAGGAAGGACACUGUUCCAAGCAAACUCUCGUCUCUGUGGAAGCGCAAGGGCUCCUCUCCACCUGCUUCCACCACGGCAGUUAAUUCUGCAAAGCCUGGUGUCAGAGCAGCGGCUAAAUCGGAAAGCUGUAAGACCACAGGACGAGGGGAGCCGAGCGGUCCUUCUGUUGCCAACAAACAGUCACAACAGCCUGUAAUCUGCAGGAGUUCUACUUAUGAAAAGCUGACGGACGUCGGUGUCGAAGCAGAGAGUGACCUGGAGGCUUCUUCAAAGACUCGCUCGAAGAUGCCAAACUUCACGCAGCAACAACAACAGAGCCUCCACCGGUCCUCCGUGCCUCCGGCGCAGCCUGCAAAGGCCGUACGACCGACCAAUUUCUGGAAGAAGCUGGCCGAACCAUCCCCAUCACCGGCUUCAUCUUCACAGUCUUCCACGAAGACAGUAAUGGGCUUUGCCACAAGCACUAAGCGUGUGUUUGGCGCCAAUCGGAAGAUCUCGGACGCCUCAGCGAGUCCAGUGGUCUCUCCUUCCUUGCUGCCUUCUGGUAAGGAGAGUUGCAGACCCACAGUCCUCGCGCUCAGGCUCAGCAGUCCCGUAGUGGCAGCGCCCCCUUCACAGCAGCCGCUGCACUCACCCGUGCUUCACAGUCCGAUGAGCCAGCUGGGCGCUGCAGCUUCGUCGCCCACUGCAGACUCCAAGGGCUCGUCGCCAGCAUCGGCCGUGGUGUCGCCAUUCAACUACAAGCCGAAGACGCCCACCACACCCGGAGGCACACGUUCCCUGAUCCCUGCUCCCGUCAAACUGGCUGGCACCCCACGGUGUGCCGGUGAACAGGAGCUGCAGGUCAAGUAGGCAUUGUGCCAUCCUUGAGCAGCUCACGGACAGGUGUUGCAUCAAUUAAGUUGAGAGGUCUGAAGUGCAUGGUGUUGCUGGAAGCGUGCGUCAUAGAUGUUUGCUUCAUUGCGCAUGGAUGGUGUGAUUGUAGAGAAUGUUUGCUUGGUGUGGUCACAUGUGGAAGCUCAUGCUUGCUUCAGAAUGGUUUUGUGACGGGUGGAGCGUUUAGGAGUGCUUCGCCAAGUUUUCUCAGCAGUUUUGGAAGAGCCGGGGAAUAAUGUAGAAUCUGUUUCUAUCAACUUCCUUAGGAUACAAGCAAGAGCUGUGCCAACCCUUAUUUGCUCUUUCACAAAUAGAUUUGCCUCCCUGCACAAUGCUGAGAUUCUCAUAUUACCACAACCACCUAGAAAAACCAAAAUUAAUGGUUGUAUACUUCAUAGGUUUAAAGCUGCGCAGUGCAUCAGGCUCUGUGUGCUUCAUGCGGUAUAAUCUUCAUUUGCCGAGUGCGUGUUGAUGAGCUCCUUUGUUAACACGUGCUUAAAUGUGGACUAACUUGAUUUCUCUGCUUUUAAAAAGAAUGACACAUCCAAACUGUCGUUGCUGAGUAUACAUCGUACUGAGAGAGAGGUAAAAAACUUGUGAUCGAAAGGUUCCAGCGCAUUGCCAGUCAGUUGCUAUUAGACAUCUUUAAUGCGUGUGCUGAAGGGAGAUGAACUCUGUGCAGCACAAUGAAAACAUGGGGAAUUUCGGUCAAGGUUGCAUUUUAACACCAUUGAUGACAGUGAGUGGGAAUAAAAUCUACGGGGCCAUCACACUUGGUCUGUGGUUUAAUUGUGUGCACUGGGAACAGAUAUGUAAGCAAAUGUGUGUCCAUUCCAUCCAUUGUACCGACUAGUUGACAGUGGAGAACAGUCAGCUGAAAAGUCGCAUGUCCAUCGAAUAUGCCAGUCCAACCGCCCGAGUAGACAAGUACAGAGUCAUGAACUGAUAAAGUGCAACAUUAGCCAGCACUAGCCAACAUUAGGAAAGAUGCACGACUCUGCCGAACUACUCGCAACUUUCACAGGCAGCUAUUUUGUAAAGCAAGUGCGUCUUUACCAAGUAGUGUAUGAUGAUUAACUAAUCUUUUAUGAAAUGUUACUUGCAGGAUAAACUGCAUGUGAGCAGUUUGCUUAUGCAUCUUGAAGUGCUGGAAAAAGUAAGACGCUGUAUUUGAAAACAUCUGCUUGCCGUGUCGUGCUCUUGCAUGUGCUGCAGGUGGUGCUUUUUAUUAAUCUUUGUUUUUCGGUGCCACUCUGGCUUGAAAGAGCAUAUGCUUGGGCAUGUUGAUUCACAAAUGAACGAGGACGAAAAGCGACGCGGACACAGCGCUGACUUCCAACAUAUGCUUCACUGUAGAAAAUAAAGCAUAUGUUGGAAGUCAGCGCUGUGUCCGUGUCGCUUUUCGUUCUUGUUCAUUUGUGCGCUCAAAAAGUUAAACACUGUGGCUUGCCUACUCGUCCAUCUGUAGGAUUCUGACACAAUGGCGUUUGCCGUAGUAAAGUCUCAGUGGAAAGCUUUAAAGCCUGGGUCCACCUGAUGACUGCACUACUAAAAGAGAAAAGCACAUAUGCUCCAAAGCACACACACACAUACACAUCCAUGUACCUUAAUCAUAAGGGUUCCUUGGAUGGUGCUUCUGUGUUGCAAUCAACCUAGAGUACUAUCAUAGGCAUGCGCAGAGGGGGGGCAGGGGGGGCGGCCGCCCCCCCUAAUCAUUUAAGAGGGGGGGCGCAAAAUCUGCCCUGUACAUUGACCCUUCUAGUCACCUAAGAGGGGGGGGGGGGGCAGAAUCUGCCCCAUACAUGGACUUUUUAGGGUGGGGGGGGGGGGGUGCUGCGAUGAACCUUCACCCCCCCUAAUGAGGAACCCUGCGCACGCCUAUGAGUACUAUGUCACAGUGGUACCUAUGAGGGCAUGAUGGGGCUAUGUUCAAUAAAUUUACAGGUUGUAGCUGUGAUGGGCUUUUGUUGAAUUUAGCAUGUUGCUUCAAAGCUUUAGCUGUUCAUGAGAAAAGCUCUGAAGCUAUGGAAAAGCAGGCCUCUUGCAACAGGAAAGGGGGCUGUGUACAACACAUUAUAGCAAUGGCUGCAUCACAUGUGACCUUGUUAACAGAGUACACCAUCAUUGUUAGUGUCUUCUUGCUUAAAGAACACUAAUGUUGGUGGAUGAGUUCAAUGUUAAUGAAGCCAUCAGGAGUGAACAUGGCCCAACGAGUUACUUAUAGGGCAGCCUUAAGAGGACAUGCAAUUACCAUUCCUCUGCUAUGUUAGCUUAUAUGCAGCAACCACAUUGGUGGCACCAUCUCAUGAGGUUAUCAAUGACCGAAAUGUGUCUGAAACUUCUUGUGUUCCAGCACCUUUCUUGCUUAGAAAGGGUCAUAGAAGGGUUGUAAGAAUAAAUCAUUGCUGGAUCAUUAUACUCUAACAGGAUGAGCACAGUGUGUAUACACAUUGCCACAAGAGGCUUGCACACCUUAUUUAAACAAGGACUCGCAAAGGUUGCAAUUCCAAGCAUUGUCUUGGUGGAUGGUAAUGGAACUAACAAAACAUGUCCUUAUACGGACUGGCUAUUCACUUCCUUGCAGGGGGAACACACCAAUGCCUCGCCCUGAUGCCAGAUUGCAAACCUUCUGAUUGUCUGACCGCAGUUAACUGUUUCGUUGCAAAUAAGUGGAAAAUGGAAAGUGGCCAUUUCAUGUUUGCUUUUAUUGGCAUCAUGUUUUCUUGGGGACAUAUGCUGCAGAUCACCGAGAAGAUUUUGGAGAAAUGGUAUUUAUUGGAGAUGUGUGUGAAUCUGCCACUUCCGCAUUUCAUACAUCCUCAUUUUCAGUUUUUUUUAUUAAUAGUGUCGCACCUGUCUUGUCGUAACAGUUGUGUGUAACAUCGUUAAGUGAUCAUGCAUUGUGUAUUUAUGUAACUUUAAUGCAUUGCUAGGUUUUAUUCUCGUAAACAGCUUAUGUAGCUACAUUUAUGGUCCCUGUGAGAUAAUGGCAACACUUGACGCUUGCUUUGUUGAUAUGAAGUAAGCACUUGAUGUUCCUCUAGGAUUUUAAACAAAACUUUUACAUAUUCUAGUCAAUACAUUAUGAGCUUCAGUGUAGCGACGUAACCUUGUGCAGCAGUUUGUAGCAAUGGAUGCGUCAGUUUGUUUGACACAUCCAGAGCUGUCUGUCUUACAUCUGUGCCAUUUUUUGUGCGCUGUGUACUAAGCCUGAACACUUUUUCAUGCUUGCUAUUAGGUCUCUACAUAGAUUUGUUUGUUAAGAGCAGUUUAUCUUGUGUAAUGAAUACUUUCUGCUUGUAACUAUGUAAUGUGAAAUUUGCAGUCAUCUGUAUACAACUUAUUCGCUGUCUUGUGCGCGAGCUUCAGUCGUUUAGUUUUUCUGCAGCUGUAGACAGGAGGUUUGAGCGUGGUGUUUGAUGUAACGAAAUGUACAGGCGCAGCUCCUAGAGUAUCUUGAUGCCAAAUUUUUGUAAGAUCAAUAGACAAAGUCUUUUAGUUGGGUUUUACAUGUAUUUUAGGCAGUCUCUUUUUAUCCAUUUCAUUGUUUUGACACCCCUGUAUUUAUAUCCUUGCUUUUAUUUGUUCAAGCGAUGCACUUGCUGUAGUCUGUACAUGCUAUUGCAAUGCUUCGUCGGUAAACACAACAGUUCGCUUGCGAGCUGUACAUUUUCGCUUGUUGUAUGAGUGCUAAUGCACUGUAGUUUGUACAUACUGUACAAAUAGAUGGAUAUUGUAUAUGCAUUCAGUUACAGGUAUGGAUACUAACCAUUCUUGCAUGCAUUGCGGUGCGUCUCUAUGUUGAUUUCCCUUCAUGUGUUGAAAUUCCAGGAUUUUUAUUUUUUUCGCUCUGAAUAUUGCGUUCAGCAUAUCCCUCUUUCUGGUAUGUUGCCUGGCUUGCUGCAACAAAGGGGUUGCGUUGAAAUCGCAUGAAAUGCCAGUCAUAUUUGCACAUUACAUCGAGAGAGUGUGUGUGAGUGGAGUACAAAUGGAAGGUUACGAAGUUACCAAACCGUAAAAUAAACGAAAACCCAGUCAUCAGAA